UUCCCCCAUUGGAAUUAACGUCAAUUGAAAAAUUCCGUUUUCAAAUCAGUCUUGUGUCGCAAAGCAGCGCUGUUGAACGUCCAGAAGACCAGGUGUAGUGAAAAUCUUAAACAAAGCUAUCUGUGCUACAUAUCAAAGCCGCCACAAUGUCUCUGGAUGAAAAAUUCAACAAAGCCGCUGAAAGCAUCAGGAACAUGACCACCAGCCCUUCAGACGAUGAAAUGAAAGAGAUUUAUGCUCUUUACAAACAAUCGACAGUCGGAGACGUUAACACUGCUCGCCCAGGUAUGCUUGACCUUAAAGGAAAAGCCAAGUGGGAUUCAUGGGAAUCUAAGAAAGGCAUGUCUGCCGAUGAAGCCAAGGAAGCAUACGUCACCAAAACGGAAGAAUUGGUGGCCAAGUACAGUGCAUCAAGUGCCUAGACAGCAUUGGAUAUUUUCACGUUUGUUACUUACUGGUUGUUACGGGUUCGUUGUGCCACGCUGUUAAUUGUUAAAACAGUUCAUCUUUUGUUCAUUACCUGAAGGUGCCUCUCAAUACAGUUGUCUUGCAUU